AUGACUGAGGAUCAGUUGGUUAAACUUUUGGAUGUGCUCCUUGUGAAUCUCCAUUAUCUACCUAAGGUUCGUGCUGAAUUGUUUUUUCCAUCAAUGACUCAAUAUGAGCUUCUUCAGAAUAUUUUUGGCAAUUUAAGAGAUUUCCUUGGGCUGAAAGUAAAUGGUUGCGUUGAGCAUAAGGCAAUUGAAUAUGUCUUACUACAGCUUCAACUUAUGGCUGAGAGAGUAGGACACUUUUAUUUUGUCCUUUUGUCUUAUCAACUUGAUAAGACAGAUGAAAAAGAUGAAAAUGAAACAGAUGAAGAAGCUUUGAUAAAAGAAGAAAUCAGUCGGGUAAAAGAAGACCUAGAACACAUAAGAUCGUUCUUUAGGAAUGUGGAGCAAGAAUUGCAUAGAGAUCUUUGGACUCGUGUUCUAGAUGUGGCAUAUGAGACGGAACAUGCCAUUAAAUCGAUUCUUGCCAGAGAUUGUGGUUUGGAGGAGACAGAGUGGAUAAUCAGGAAGCUUACUAGCGGACCAGCUGGGGUAGAUGUCAUUUCCAUAGUUGUCGACCAGGAAUAUAAUGAGACAAAGUUGUUGCCGAUAAUUUUCAAUCUAGUUAUUGGUUUGAAAGAAAGAUUCAAUGAGGAUGACAUAGAAGAUGAUGUCGCUGAUCAACUAUGGAAAGAACUAUUUGAAAAGAGGUACCUUGUUGUCUUGGAUGACAUGUGGGAUACUGUAACAUGGGAUGAGCUAACAAGACCAUUAUACAUCAUUUCUUCUGAAUUUCAGAAAGGAAAUAGAGUUAUUUUAACAAGUCGAAAAAAGGAAGUGGCUUUACAUAGAAAACGCACAUGGAGUCAUUUCAAGAAAGGAAAGAAAGAGGCUUUGUGGAUUGAAGCUCUCAAUAAUUUGAGUUCCUUUAUUUUUAAGGAUGAAGAGGAAGUGAUGAAGGACGAGGAUUUUGCGAUCUCUUCGUUGAAAGAUUUAUGGAGUAAAGAAGGACUUGUGGAACCAACUGAUUUGAAGAGUGUGGAAGAAGUAACGGAGGUUUAUGUGGAUGAGUUAAUUUCUAGUAGCUUGGUAAUAGUGAGAGGUGGUAGCGAACAGAGUUGCCAAAUUCAUGAUCUUGUGCAUGAUUUUUGUUCGAUAAAAGCUAGAAAGGAAAAAAUGUUUGAUUUGAUGAGCUCAGUUGUUCUGUCUUCAUCCUCUUCUUCAGAUAUGAUGCUGCAUCAACGGACCACUAUUUAUGAUGAGGACAUUCAUUCAGAUAAUUCUUCCUUUUUCGGUCCAGAAAAGAGAAAUCUUUGUGCUAAUCUGGAUAUCUGCAUGCUUGCUCAUUUGAGGUCCUUAAGGAUUGCGAUGAAGGCAAAAGUUCUCCCUCCAUUUUCAAACCUCUGUAAUCUAGAAACUCUGGUGGUGGAUAACGGUGAAUCAAACCUGUUAGAGAAUUUGGCAACAUUAGAGCUUCUCAAUCUUUCUUGUUCGGUAGACUCAGAAAAUGUUUUGGAAAGGUUUCCCAAUCUUCGAGCCCUUGAAUUCCACAUGGGUUGUUCAGCAGCAAAGCAGAUAUAUUUUCCAAGAUUGGACCUCCUUAAUAAACUUGAAAGAGUUUAUGCUAUAUUUAAGAGUUUUGGGCCUACACAUGCACAUCAGUUUGAUUUUCACCUCCCUUUGAGCUUGAAAAAAGUGAAGUUGCAUGGCCUCAAACUAAGAUCAGAUGCACUGUCAGGAAUUGGGAGAUCACUACCCAACCUUCAAAAGCUGGAACUACAUUGCGUUAUUGCAGAUGAAUCCUUUCCCGUGUUUGAGGAAUUAGAAUACGAUUGUGUCCUCAGCUUACAGAGAUCCCAGAAAAGUUUUGGAGAUAUUGCUUCAUUAAAGUCCCUCUCAGUGUGCGGAAGCCAUCAACAUAAAGAAUCGGCACUCAAGAUUAAGGAAUAUGUUGAAGAAAUAACCGGAGAAGACAAGCUUGAACAAGAUCAAAAAAUCUUGAAUCAAGAAUUGCAAUUUGCAACAAUGGUGAAUCAAAAUGCUGUUGUUGAGUCUGGUGAAGCAUCCAGAAUUACUCCCAGUUCAUUAGACUACAAUCGUCCUCUCUUUCUCAGCCCUUCUGAUAGGCAUACCAAGGAGAAUUGUUGGAUGAUAAUUGGCUAUCCUCAAGAUUAUAAAGCUAUGAAGAAGUUCAGACAUGAACUUGUGGUGGGAAGCCGUCAUCUUGAAGAGUCGACACUCAAGAUUAAAGAAUAUGUUGAAGAAAAUAUGGGAGAAGACAAGCUUGAGCUGUGGUGUUGCAAUGGAUCCGGUGGGAGGUACUGUGUUGUUUAUGCCAAACACAAGAAGUUCUGGAGCACCACUAUUACCAAUCAAUCCGGAACCUCAACUGAUAGGAAGAAUGGCUGA